GGGAUAAGUCUUGGCAAUAACAUCAAGCAACCAAAAGUAACUUCUCCUUGACCUUCAAGGAAUCUAAUAUUCUCAUCCCUCACUCCCAAGUUUCAUUAAUCUAUGCCUCACAAGACAAUUAAAUCCUCCACAUUCUACAAUUGUCAAGCAAAACCCUUGAUUUCUUCCUAGCUAACUUAACUCCUCCAGACAUGGGCCAAGUUCUCAAGAAAUUUGGAGGUGAUGAGAAAAAGGACAAAGAAAUAGUUCCUGUAAUACAAGAAUGUUACGAAAAAUUCUUUGUGAACACUGAGAAUUGGAGCAGGGCUGACUUCUACCAUGCAGUGUGCUUGACUGUCGAAGAAAUCAACAAAAAGUUGGGCAGCACACAAUUUCGGGUGCCAAAGGCAUCAACCCUUGAGCAAGCAUAUGAAAAGCAUCACCAAGGCAAAGGUAAGGCUUUGACAAAGGAAGAAUUUCAGAAGAUACUCCAAGAUGUAAUUCUUGAUACAGGAGUCACUGGCAUUGGAGCAAAAGAUACCCUCUUCUACAUGUUAGGUGUUCCAGUGACUGCACUAUUUUUCAAACAACGCCUAAUUCCAACAGCAAUACCUAACGAAAUCUUCAUUCCUGGGGUCACUUCUGCAACUGUUUUUCUUCUUGCAAAACUCAACAAGAUAUGAACAAAGCCCAGUUGAGUUCUUCUAUGUAAAUGUACCCAUGUAAUUGAUUGGUUGUUGGAUUUUUUUUUUAAUCUUUUUGAGCUAUGCCAAGUAUGUUUUAAGCUGCUAUUUGCAAUUUUGCUUUUUGUCAAUUUGCUCUAUAAUCAGCUACCAUGCAAGUCCGAAAAGUUUAGCUCAAAAUUAGAUGGAUUAUUCUAGUGAAUUAAUGAUAUGACUUAUCCAAACAAGUCCUUUCUUCCAA